AUGCCCCCGGCUCCGCAAACUGCGCAGGCCAGGCCCAGCCAGACCCCGCCUCCGAAGCAGCCCAUGGUGGCUCCGCAAGUGGCAGCUCCUUCCUUUGGAGCCUCACAUGCCACGGCACAAGCUGCCGCCCCGCCAUUCACGGACCCGAGGCAAGCGCCGCAGCAGCCCGUGGCAGCUCCUUCCGUUGGAACCCCACAUGCCACGGCACAAGCUGCCGCCCCGCCAUUCAGGCAAGCGCCGCAGCAGCCCGUGGCAGCUCGAGCCCCCCAAGCUGCCGCCCCGCCUUGUGUGGAUUUGAGGCAAGCUGAAGUGGCUCCGCCUCCGCCGGAGCCGUGGCCCUCAAGAGCUCAAACUCACCUAGUGCACGCCUCGGCUUGGCAGACGGUGGGCUUCGACGGGACGGUGCGCUGCGAAUUGUGCCGGAAGGUCGCCGACGAGAACCAUCUCUGGUCCUCUGAGCACAAGAAGAGGAUG